AUUUGUUUUAUUAUAAAUACCGACUUCUUUGCUCCAAAAAUUUGACUCGAGAACGUCAGUGGGAACGCAGAAAGCUCUCUCCUUUAUUUUUCUUUACAGAAAUCUGAGAUACAUAACACCCAUGACAAAGAAGCAUGUACAAAUUGAUAUUAGCUCAGACACCGUCUGCCCAUGGUGUUUUGUGGGUAAGAAGAACCUCGAAAAGGCUAUUGAUAUUUCAAAAGACCAAUUUGAUUUUGAGGUGAGAUGGCAUCCAUUCUUUCUUGAACCUUCUGCACCGAAGGAAGGUAUUAAAAAAUUGGAGUUCUACUAUAAGAAAUUUGGAGCUGGCCAAUUUGAUCGGAUGGCACUUCGAAUGACAGAGAUAUUCCGGAGCCUUGGAUUUGAAUAUGACACUUCUGGACUGACGGGGAGUACUUUAGACAGUCAUAGGCUCAUUACUUUUGCUGCAAAGCAAGGUUAUGACAAGCAAAACGCUCUCGUAGAUGAGUUGUUUCUCAACUACUUUUGUCAGGGAAAGUAUAUAGGUGACCGGCAAGUCCUGUUGGAUGCUGCUGAAAAGGCCGGCGUAGAGGGGGCAGCAGAGUUUCUUGAAGAUCCUAACAGGGGUCUUAAGGAGGUUAAUGAAGAAUUUGAGAAGUACUCUUCACGCAUCUCAGGAGUCCCAUAUUUUGUGAUUAAUGGGAAGCAUGGGCUCAGCGGGGGCCAACCUCCCGAGGUUUUCCUGCGAGCAUUUCAAGCAGUUGCAAAUGACACCAAUGCUGCCUGAGCGUUCUUCUCAGUGAUUGUUAAAUGAACAAGCAGUGUGCUAUGGCAAACUUUGGGGCCUCACUUUUAAUCCCUUUCCUCUUUAUGCAUGAAUAAAUUCACUAGACCGUGCCCUUGCCUCGUUGCGUUUAUCUCUCCUCACACCACCACCGUUGACGUCCGCUGUGUUUCCAUGCAUGAAUUGUUAAAGUCAUAUGUGACCUAUUCGCGUUUAAUGCGUCUGUUUGCUUGCUUGUACGCUAUCCGCGUGUGUGUAAAUGAAUAAAAUCGCUCUUAUCUAUAUAAUGUAUUUGUAGCCUCAGGCAUCUUGCUCGAGCUAUUACAUGCGAAU